AUGAUCAAAGGUAGUUGCGCUUGCGGGCGCGUUCAAUACCAAACCGCCGCGCAGCCGCUCGGCGUCAGCGCCUGCCACUGCGGCACAUGCCAAAAGAUAGCAGGCAGCGCAUUCCUGGUGUUUGCAGACUUUCCCCUCGAAGAGCUGCAAUGGACUCAUCAGCCCCCGGACCUGUGGAAGCGCAGCGAGAUUGCCGAGCGCGGGUUCUGCAAGCAAUGCGGCUCCAGCAUGUCGAUGCGGUAUUAUGAGGAAAGCGACAGGAUCGCAAUGACCUUGGGCACCAUGGAGCUCGGCGGGAGCGGGACGGCGAUGCCGUCAAUAGGAGCACACAUUUUUUUGAAGGAAAAGGCACCAUGGUUUGUUCUGCCGGACGACGGGGCUGAGAGAUGGGACGAAUUCAGUCCCAGGUCCAAAAUGAGCUCGAGCAACGGGAAACAGAGGGAUGGAUAG